ACAGGGUCACACCGCGUAAUAAUUAUAAGUUUCAAGAAACUUGAAAGUGUCUUAAAAAGAAGAGAAGAAAAAAUGCAGCGCACCUUUCAAAUGUCGAAAUGUACAAAAUUAUUGCGUGUUCAAGAAAGGUCGCAGAAAAAAGUGUGUCGGUGGUUUUCAUUGACUAAUGUACGUGUUACGCAUUUUGAAAAAUUAUUCUCAGAAAGAGAGGAGUUCCAAGCAAGACACAUCGGCCCUAGGGAACAUGAACAAAAGUCAAUGCUAAAUAGCAUAGGAUUUAAAACACUUGAGGAGUUAACAGAAACGGCUGUUCCAGCUAAAAUUCGACUUCAUAAGGAUUUGGACAUUGAAAGUCCCGUUACCGAAUUCGAGCUCAUGAGAAGAGUAAAAGAAAUAUCCGAAAAAAAUAACAUCUGGCGCUCAUACAUUGGAAUGGGAUAUUAUAACUGCUGUGUUCCGCACACCAUCAUGCGAAACAUUUUUGAAAAUCCUGGUUGGACGACACAGUACACUCCUUAUCAGCCAGAGAUAUCUCAAGGAAGGCUGGAGGGUUUGUUAAAUUAUCAAACGAUGGUUUGCGACUUAACUGGUAUGGAAAUAGCUAAUGCUUCCCUUUUGGAUGAAAGUACAGCUGCAGCUGAAGCUCUUGCACUUACACAUCGACAAAACAAACGAAACAAGCUCUUUGUAUCUAAUAAAGUCCAUCCUCAGACGAUAGGUGUUAUAUCAACAAGAGCAACUUCUUUAGGUCUAGAACUAGAAAUCGGAAACGUCUUUGAGGUAGACACAAGUAAAAAAGAUAUAGCUGGGAUUUUGAUACAAUAUCCAGACACAACUGGGUCGAUUGACGACUUUACAGAUUUAGUAAAGAGAGUUCACAGCGAUGGGACCCUGGUAUGUGCGGCCACAGACUUGCUUGCUUUAACAAUACUUCGACCACCUAGUGAAUUCGAUGUUGACAUUUGUAUCGGAACGAGUCAACGGUUUGGGGUUCCCUUGGGAUAUGGGGGACCUCAUGCAGGCUUUUUUGCCUGCAGACAAAAACAAGUUCGACUAAUGCCUGGAAGAAUGAUUGGGGUGACGAGAGAUGCAAAUGGUCGAGAUGCCUACCGCCUUGCAUUGCAGACACGUGAACAGCACAUAAGAAGGGACAAAGCUACUAGCAACAUUUGUACUGCACAGGCAUUGUUAGCAAACAUGUCGGCAAUGUAUGCAGUAUACCACGGUCCACAUGGAUUGAAAGACAUUGCAACUAGAGUACACGAGCUGACAGUGAUACUUGCAAAAGGCCUGGAAGCAGAAGGAAAUAAAAUAAACACUAAAUAUUUCUUUGAUACAAUUACAGUACUACCCAAGAAUUCCCUGGAAUGUAUCAAGAAGAGCGCUAAUCAGCAUAAGAUUAACUUAAGGUAUAACAAUGACGGAACAAUUGGAGUAUCCCUUGAUGAGACAACAUCUGUACAAGAUGUGAACGAUAUUCUUCAACUAUUCGGUGCAAGCACUACUGUUGAAAAAAUUGCCGAACUUGAAUCAGCAGAUGCCAAGAGUAUAAAUCAUUCUUCUUUUAAACGAUCCAGUUUGUAUUUGCAACAUCCAGUUUUUAAUAGCCAUCAUUCUGAGACACGAAUAGUGCGUUACAUGAAGUGUUUGGAAAAUAAAGAUGUCUCGCUUGUGCACAGUAUGAUUCCACUGGGUUCUUGUACAAUGAAAUUAAAUUCUACCACGGAAAUGAUGCCAUGCAGUUUACAGGGCUUUACAGACAUUCAUCCCUUUGCACCGGUCGAACAAACGAAAGGUUAUCAGCAACUGUUUAGUGAAUUGGAAAAGGAUCUCUGUGCAAUCACUGCCUACGAUAACAUAAGCUUCCAGCCGAAUAGCGGUGCACAAGGUGAAUAUGCUGGAUUGAGAGCUAUUCAAUGUUACCACGAGUCAAAAGGGAAUUCUCACAGACAAGUUUGCUUAAUCCCUACAUCGGCUCAUGGUACGAACCCAGCAUCCGCCCAAAUGGCAGGAAUGCAAGUGGAGCCAGUAUUCGUACGCAAAGAUGGUUCUGUAGAUAUAGAACAUUUGAAGGAAAUGAUAGAUAAGCAUGAAAAGACACUAUCUUGCUUAAUGAUCACAUAUCCUUCGACAAAUGGUGUUUUUGAAGAAACUAUCAGUGAUGUUUGCGGAAUGGUACAUAAUGCUGGUGGGCAGGUAUACUUAGACGGUGCUAAUAUGAAUGCACAAGUGGGACUAUGUCGACCUGGAGAUUAUGGUAGUGACGUUUCUCAUCUCAAUUUGCAUAAAACAUUCUGUAUUCCCCAUGGAGGUGGAGGACCUGGAAUGGGACCCAUUGGGGUGAAGAAGCAUUUAACUCCAUUCCUUCCGGGACAUCCAGUCAUGAAAUCUUUGUUAAACGAAAAAUCUGGUAAUGAAAAUUUAGGUACCGUCUCUGCUGCUCCUUACGGUUCGUCUGCGAUUUUGCCCAUAUCUUGGAGCUAUAUAAAAAUGAUGGGGCCAAAAGGACUUCGUAAAGCCACGCAAGUCGCUAUUUUAAAUGCAAAUUAUAUGAGCAAAAGACUGGAAAAACAUUAUAAAACAUUGUACAAGGGAAAUACUGGAUUAGUAGCACAUGAGUUUAUAUUAGAUAUAAGGGACUUGAAGAAGACUGCUAACAUCGAAGCCGUAGAUAUUGCAAAAAGACUGAUGGAUUAUGGUUUUCACGCACCUACAAUGAGUUGGCCCGUAGCCGGUACUCUUAUGAUAGAACCAACAGAAUCGGAAGAUAAAGUCGAGUUGGACAGAUUCUGUGAAUCACUAAUUUAUAUUAGAAAAGAAAUACAGGACAUUGAAGAUGGUAACAUGGAUCAAAAUAUUAAUCCUCUAAAAAUGGCACCACACACGCAAGAACAAGUUAUCAGUUCAGAAUGGAAUAGGCCUUAUUCACGAGAAGUAGCUGCUUUUCCAGCGCCAUUUACGAAAAACAGCUCAAAAAUAUGGCCUAGUGUGGGUAGAAUCGACGAUAUAUACGGCGACAAGAAUCUAUUUUGUACGUGUCCCCCUAUUCUACCUGAACAAUGAUUGGAA